ACGUGGUGCGCUUAUCACUUUUCUCCCGUUCCUUUCUGUGCAGUCUACAUAACGACAUUUUACGACAAAGCCGUGCGUGGAUUUUCUGUUCUCCCCAGUGAGAUACCGGUUGGAGAAACGCAGUAGCAAGAGAAGACGGGGUAGUAAUCGUGCCCAUACCUGGCCCUUCGUCGCGGAUAAGAACCCUGCAUCUUCUCUGGUACACAUAAACCGAGCGAUUAAAUGUGGAAACAGGGCUGAGGAGAGAGCGACGCGAGGGAAGGCAACACUAAAUUCUAACCGGGGUUGUGAAAUAAGUUGCCUCCCAAGCGGCGCUUUAAAAGGAAGCAGAAGAUAAUUGACCAACCAAAACAACAGAGAAGAUGGACUAUGAUUUCAAAGUGAUGCUGACCGGAGAGAGAGAACGUGUAGAGGACCUGUUUGAAUAUGAGGGAUGCAAAGUGGGAAGAGGCACCUACGGCCAUGUAUAUAAAGCAAAGAGAAAAGAUGGGAAGGAUGAUAAGGACUACGCCCUCAAGCAGAUUGAAGGCACUGGCAUCUCCAUGUCCGCCUGCAGAGAGAUUGCACUACUGCGGGAGCUGAAGCAUCCUAAUGUGAUCUCACUGCAGAAGGUGUUCCUGUCACACGCAGACCGCAAAGUCUGGCUGCUCUUCGACUAUGCCGAGCAUGAUCUUUGGCACAUCAUAAAGUUCCACAGAGCGUCCAAGGCUAAUAAGAAGCCCCUGCAGCUGCCCAGGGGGAUGGUCAAGUCCCUGCUCUACCAGAUCCUGGACGGCAUCCAUUACCUACACGCCAACUGGGUCCUACACAGAGACCUGAAACCUGCCAACAUCCUAGUGAUGGGGGAGGGGCCAGAGAGGGGUCGAGUAAAGAUCGCGGAUAUGGGCUUUGCCCGCCUCUUUAACUCACCACUGAAGCCUUUAGCAGAUCUGGACCCUGUGGUGGUCACCUUCUGGUACAGGGCACCAGAGCUGCUGCUGGGGGCCAGGCACUACACCAAAGCCAUUGACAUCUGGGCGAUUGGCUGCAUCUUUGCCGAGCUGUUGACGUCUGAGCCCAUCUUCCACUGUCGCCAAGAGGACAUCAAGACCAGUAACCCCUACCACCACGACCAGCUGGACCGCAUCUUCAACGUCAUGGGCUUCCCCGCUGAAAAGGACUGGGAAGACAUCAAGAAGAUGCCAGAGCACUCCACUCUGAUGAAAGACUUCAGAAGGAACACGUAUACAAACUGCAGCCUAAUAAAAUACAUGGAGAAACACAAAGUGAAACCGGACAGCAAAGCAUUCCACUUGCUCCAGAAGCUGCUGACCAUGGACCCGAUCCGCAGGAUCACGUCUGAGCAGGCCAUGCAGGACCCUUACUUCCUGGAGGAACCACUGCCCACCUCCGAUGUGUUUGCAGGCUGCCAGAUCCCCUACCCCAAGAGGGAGUUCCUGACAGAGGAGGAGCCAGAGGACAAGGCAGAGAAAGUCAGAAAUAAGAACCAGCAGCAGCAGGGGAACAACCACACCAACGGGGCGGGGCACACCGGUAACCCUGACAAUAGCCAUGCCCAGGGCCCGCCCCUAAAGAAGGUGCGAGUGGUCCCACCCGUCACUACCUCAAGUGGCCUCAUGACCUCAGACUACCAGCGCUCCAAUCCACAUGCUGCCUACCAGAACCCCGGACCAAGCACAUCACUGCCCCAAAGCAGCAUCGGAUACUCCUCUACCUCCCAGCAGCCCCCGCAGUACUCACACCAGACCCACCGCUACUGACCCCUGACCUCUACCCACCCCUCGCCAUGCCCGCUAGGGAGAAUGUACUGAGGGAAGUGGGUGUGUCCAUGGCAACAGCCCCCCCUCCUCGCCCCACCGGUCCACCCUCACUGCAGCAGUCCAUUAAUUAGCCCAGUAUGAAAUAUAAUAUUCUGAAAAGAACAUGACAUAACGCAACAACAUUAGCCAUGACAGAACAUGACUUCAGUUCAACCAUGAGCCACACAUGGAGACUAAACCUCCAAACUAGAGGAAGAUGGAGAAGGAAGAACAGAUGCUGUCAGUUUGUUGGUUCCCUCGUUCGUUCCUCUGUGGUUCAAGUCAUCGUUGCUGCAAGUUUGUGACCAUUACAAAGUUAACCUUCAGAACUGGUACUUAACUACAGCCACAAGACAAACAAACAGAAGAUGGACCUGGGGCUCCCCUCUCCCUUCACCCUUCUCUCCUUACCGCACCACCUCCACCAAAGCUCACCCCCUUUCCAGACGGAUUCCCCUCUUCCUGUUGAAGCUUCGAUGAGACUAAAGCUGCUAUGUGACUGCCAGCAUUGACAGAGUAUCUGUCUGUCCUGUCUCUGUCCCUCUGUCUGUUUGUCUUCCUGUCUGUCCUCUUGUCUGUCUGUGUCUGUCCGCCCUUCCAUGGGCAUCUUCCUUGGGGACCGAAUUGAGCUGCUGACAGGAGCAUUCUGGGAGUUAGUGGGGCCCGCCCAUAGCUCUGGUUGAGGGCUUUAUUGAGAAAAAAAAUUAACAAAAACAAAGGAAGAAAAAAAAGAUUUUACGAGUUUAUAAUUUAAUCCAUUUUGUUUUCACUAACUGUAUAAAAAUAAAAAGUGGUGAAGCAGCUUCUGUUGUGCUGAGAGAGAGCUGCCGUUUUUAUCGAUGUGGGCAAAGCCUUACAACUCCAUGAUGACAAACCAACAAAUUGUGUGGAGGAUGGCAAAUGGAACAUGCAUUUUUACUGUAUUGAAAUAUUUUACAUGACGCAAGUAUCCUGACAAUAAAAGUGGAAACGUUGA